AUGGAUAUCGCCGCAACUCUCGUUGAGCUGGACUGUUUCUGCGGAGCAUCGUUCCUGUUCGCCGACGACCUCAAAGAGCACCGAAGAGCACGCGGACACUUCAAAAGCCAUGUAUGCCACCCUCUGUGCAAGCAUCCACCAUACGCACCGAACCCUUCACCGCCGCGAACAUGUCAAACAUGCGGAAAGGUCUGCCAGAACGGAGACAUUUUCAAAGACCACAUCGUUGUCACCGGCCACUGCUACUGCGCAGAAUGCAACAUUAUAUUCAGCAACCCGACGGCGCUGCAGAAACACCUGAAGUCGAAGAUGCACGCCUCGGAGUUCCACUGCUGCGACUGCGAUUUGGACUUCAAGGAUUUGCUCGGGUUAGAACUCCAUUUGAAGGGACCGAGGCAUGGACAAGCACCCAAAAAGAAGGCUGCCAAGAAAGAAAAAUGUCCUUGCACAAAAUGCAAGAGGGUUUUCAGAUCGGACGGGGCCCUACAGCAGCAUCUCACGUCAGUCAAGCACAACCCGCUAAGCGGCUUGAAAUGCCCGCUCGGAAAAAAAUGCAAGAAAGUCUUCGCUUCGCCAUCGGCUCUGCUUCACCACCUUGAAAGUGGGAGUUGCGACUCCGGCAUGACAAGGCUUCAGCUCGACCAGCUUAUCACGGCCACAGACAGCGAAUGGUCGAUGUAUUCGAUGCCAACGCCAGCGCUCAGCGACACCGGCAGCGAGUGGACGAUGUGUUCGAUACCAAUACCAGACAUCAGCGACACCGGCAGUGAAUGGUCCCUUCUCACACCCGACCACUCUGACGGGGGCGUCUUUCUCCCCGCCGAACGCUCCAUUCUUAGUAGCGUAAGCAAAGCAGCAGCGCCAAGGCUCUUCAAAUGCCCAACAUGUCCCGCCUCGCACAAGGGCUUCAAGACACUAACGGCUCUGGAAACCCACAUGGCAUCGCCCGCGCACGCCCUGAAGCUGUACCGCUGCCCCAUCAGCAUCAUCACGCCGGAAAUCGGACCCGGCCUGCAGGGCCAGUACAAGGUGUUCUCGACGCUGAGUGGGCUGAGCCAGCAUAUCGAGAGCGGGGCGUGCAAGGGGGGCAAGAACACGUUUUCGAGAAUCAUGAUGUUUGUGCAGGAGAGGCUGAGGGGGCUGGGGUUUAGGGACAUUUCGCUUUUGCGUGGGAAUGCGGCUUGA